CGGCGGAGCCUCGCUGCUAUUGGCUGCGCCGAGGCGCGCCGGGUACUGCGGGCGCGCCGGCGCGCCGUCCCGCGCCGCUCUGCGGGGCUACGGGGGGCUACCGGGGGCUGCGCGGGCGACCAUGGAGUUCACGCACAAGCGGGGCAAGCGGCAGGACGACAGCGGGCUGGGCGGCCUCCUCGACGUGCUGCUGGCCAACGCCAGGCUGGUGCUGGGCGUCAGCGGGGCGGCCGUGCUCGCCAUCGCCACGCUGGCCGUCAAACGGCUGAUAGACCGAGCCACGAGCCCUCGCGAUGAAGGCGAUCCCAAAGCCGAGCAGAAGACCCUGGAGGAGAGCUGGCAGGACUUGGCCUUGAUCAAAGCGGCGCAAAAACCUCCCAAGAGGCAGAGGAGGGAGGACCUCAGCGAGCCCCUGCUCUCUCCGGCUCCACCACCAGCACCAGAGCCCAGGGUCUGCCCAGCACCUCCGGAGCCUCCUCAGGUCGAAUCCAGCCCCCCGCGCUGCCUCACGCUGCAGGAGAAGCUCCUCUUGCACUCCAGCAGCCACCCGGCCGUGCACGAGGCGCAAGCGGCGUUCGGCCGGCAGCUGGCCCGCCGCAUCUGCGCCGAGCUGCAGAACUUCCUGAGGAACAAGUGCCCGGAGCUGCCCUUCGGCAGCCUCUUCCUCAGCGGUCCCCUGCUCGACGGCCUCGGGGCUCUCGCUGCUGACCACGUCCACUUCAUGCUGCCCGUGGUCCUCGACGCCACGCACUGGAGCCUCAUCCCAGGGGAGGACACCGUGGUGAGAAACCCCCGGUACUGGAUGAUCAAGAGGAGGGAUCUGGAGUAUUUCCCUCGCGGGUGCAGCCCCUGGGACAAGUUCCUCGUGGGUCAGUACCUCUCCUCCAACGCGCUCAACGAGACCCUGCACAAGAUGCUGGUGGCCUCCAUCAACUGGCCUGCCAUCGGCGGUCUCCUGGGGAGCCUCAUCCGCCCGGUCGUGGCCUCGCGGGAGCUGAGGCUGGAGGUGAAACACGAGCAGGUGGAGCUGAGCGUCGCCCUCUUCCCGGUGGUGGAGAUGGACGGCAAGGUUCUGCUGGCCGCUCCUCCCGAGGGACUGGUGGAAAACCUCUGGCUGGAGAGCUUCGGCAGGGCGGAGGCCUCGAAGGUGAGGGAGCUGGAUGCUGGCGACGCCGGGGCCAGGCAGCGCUGCCUCCGCGUCCUGAACGGCGUCUGCAGGAGCCACCCUGCCCUGCGCAAACUGAGCGGCAGCCCCUUGGCGCACGUCGUCCUGCACCUCAGCGCCGCCGGUUCGGACUGGGCAGAGGGCAGCCUCGCUGCCCGGUUCCAGCAGGUGCUGGAGGAGCUGGUCGGCUACCUGGAGCAAGGCGUCCUGCCUUCCUAUUUCAACCACAAAGUCAACCUCUUCGGUGAGCUGCUGGAGGAGGAGAUCGAAGAGAUGGGCUUCCUGCUCUACAGGGCUGUAGCCGAGCCAGAGCUCCUGCUGGUGGAGGAAUGAGCGGCGCGUGGGGAGCCCCCCGACGUCGGGCGUGCCCCGUCUGCCUGCUGCUCCCUGCCGUGGGUUGUGAUGCUUCUAGUUGACUAGUCGGUAAGAGGCCAAGUUCUUGCACUUUAUGAACAAAACUAUUUCUUCUUCGGAAUAAAAUGUGCCUGAGAAGAGGUGGGCGGCGGUGUAAGGAGCCUCGUGCUGAGAGGCUCUGCCCUACCCAGGUCAAACCCGGCCCGUGCCUGGAGUACCUAAAGGCGAGUCCCCUCUGCCGGGAGCCAACACGGAGCAAGUUUGGCCCCUGGUUCCCAGCGAACUGCUGUCUGUCCCAGCCUGCCAGGCUCCCCUCGUGCUCUGAAACUGAGACCUGAGCGGGGCCGAGCUUCCCCUGCCUCCUGGGGCAGCCCCUUCCCUCGCGAGGGAGCUGGAGAGGCACGGUCCUGUGCUGCUGCUGCAAACCUCACGGUUUGGGGUGUCCCGGGUGCUGUGUGGGUCCUUCUGCCAGCACCCAACUUGUUCUUACAGUGCCAUGCUGCUGGGCUGGGGUGGGAGCCUCAUCCCUCGCCAGCUCUGCAGGCCGGGAUGUUGCCAACCCAAAAUAAAGCCCAGGCGAUGCCCGUGCAGCUCUCCGGGCGCUGCGAGGCGUUGCUGUAGCGAACGUGACCGCAGGGUUAGUCUUUGGAAACCCUUUCGGCUGCCAAAUGGGCAAGCUCAGCCCUACCUGGCCGUUCUGCCCGAAGGAGGGGCUCUGGGCCCCUUUCCUGGAGCCGUUGUGGGGUUGGAAGGGUGGCGGCGGAGGAGCUGCGGCCUCCUGGGGGCACAGGCUCCUGGGUGGGGGCUGCAGCGUGGCACUGCCAGCGUCUGUGCGGGUACUGGCUGCUCUAACAAGCCUCGGCGUCCCCUCCAGCCUGUCAAGUGACCUUUCCGUGCAUGUAUUGCUGCUGUCUUGAGGUCCUGUUCUCCUGAAGCCUGGUGGGGGGGGGCAGGAAGGGACGGGAACGAUGCUUGGAGCAGAGUGCUUGCAAGAACCGCAGUGGUUCGUGCUGCUUUUUAUUAUGAUCUGUUCUGUUUGAGUGUUUUGUUCUUUUUUUUUCCCCUUGGAGGGGCUGCUAGUGGGCUUUGGCUCCGGCUGCAGUCCAGGUGUGAAGGAAUGCACUCUUGUAUUUAACGGGAAGCGCUAUGCUGGUUUUGCACACUGGUGGAGAUGGAAAAAUCCUAUGGACUUCAACGUGAGCACCUGUUGUGGUUUAGUUUUCUUUAGUUAUCUUGUUUAUGGAAGGGGAAAAAAUGACAAUCUGCCUUUCCUCUCGGUCUGAAGAUUAAUCUGUUCCUCCAAACCACUUCCCGAGUGUUAGCGAUGAGAAUAAACCUGCACUGCGUACACCGGU